UUAAGGAAGACAAAAAAAGGCAGUGGAAUUUUUGUGUUGACCAAAAUUAGUGUGUUUUUUUAGUUAAAUAACACCACCAUUUCAUCUGGAGGGUUUUGGAAAAAGUGAUGAAUAUGAAGAAGAAGGUACUUCUGAUGGGGAAGAGUGGCUCCGGGAAGACGAGCAUGCGCUCCAUCAUCUUUGCCAACUACAUCGCCAGAGACACGAGGCGUCUGGGAGCCACAAUUGACGUCGAACACUCUCACGUGAGGUUUCUGGGGAAUCUCGUGCUGAACUUGUGGGACUGCGGCGGCCAGGAGUCCUUCAUGGAGCAGUACUUUGCGUCGCAGAAAGAGAACAUCUUCCGGAACGUGGCCGUUCUUAUCUAUGUGUUCGACGUGGAGAGUCGGGAGCUGGACAAGGACAUGCACUAUUACCAGUCGUGUCUGGAGGCGAUUCUGCAGAACUCGCAGGAGGCGAAGAUCUUCUGUCUGGUGCACAAGAUGGACCUCGUGGCGGAGGAUCAGCGAGAGCAGAUAUUCAAAGACCGCGAGGAUGAUCUCAAGCGCCUGUCGAAGCCUCUGGAGUGUACCUGCUAUCGUACCAGCAUCUGGGACGAGACACUGUACCGCGCCUGGUCCAACAUUGUGUACAUGCUGAUCCCCAACGUGAAGGCUCUGGAGUAUUCCCUGGGCGUCUUCGCCAAGAUCAUCGAUGCAGACGAAGUGCUGCUCUUCGAGAGAGCCACAUUCCUCGUGAUCUCACACUGCGAGCGCAAGGAGCACCGCGACGCCCAUCGAUUCGAGAAGGUCUCCAACAUAAUCAAACAGUUCAAGCUCUCUUGCUCGAAGCUUGGCGCCAAAUUCCAUUCCCUUGAGGUGCGAAACAGCUCCUUCGCUGCCUUUAUCGACACCUUCACCAGCAACACGUACGUGAUGGUGAUCAUGUCCGAUCCGGGAAUGCCGAGUGAGGCCACGCUGAUCAAUAUACGCAAUGCCAGGAAGCACUUUGAGGAGCUGGAGAGCCCCAAUAGUAACAAUCUUAACUUAAGCUACCAGAACUGAGAAGACAAACACUGAUUCUAAUCAAUGGAAUUAUUUUUGAUGAAUUUGUUUAACUAAUUGCGAUUAUUAAAGUUUAUUUUGUUGUCACCCCCAAUUUCUUU